AGAGUAUAAUAAUUCAAGUCUUGGGGUUGUUCCGAGUGCUGUCAUCGGGAAGUGAAAGUGGAGAGUGAGAGGAGGGAGAGAGAAGGGGAAAGGGAGAGAGGUCUGAGGUCUGUCUCCACUAACUGGUCACCGUGCCUCCAACAUUACACGGAGGGAGAGAGAAGGGAGAGGAGGGAAUGGCGAGAAACGUGGAGGCGAGGAGGAACAGGAGGUAUGGAGACGUGUAGGGGAGGAGGAAGAGGAGAGCGAGGGGCGGCGGAUGUGGCUUACGAGGGGAGGAGAGUGAGGUGGGGAGGGACAAGUGUGUUGGUGGUGGUCAUGGUGUGGGGGGGGUGUUUGUGUAGGGGGCGGGGGAAGGUGCAGGGUGCGUUGGGGAGAGCCUGCAUGGGUGUGAGAGCGUGGGGGAGGGUGCAAAAGGGAUGGGGAAUGGUGUUUGAAGGCGUGGGCGUGAUGGACGGGUCGCGGGGAGCGGUGGCGUGGGUGGGGGCGCCGCGGCAGCACUCAGGUGAUAACACGUUAUCGGCGUGGUGCGGGGCUAGGCCUAGUGCGCCCCGCCGCCGCCAGAGGGCAGCCUAGCAACAAGCCGCGGGUCGGGGCCGGGAGGACUCAGGCGUGCGGGCGCGGGCGGGCGGCGGGGCGGGCGUGGCAGCGGGAGGCAGCUCAGGCUUUGCCCCGCGCCCGCCAGCGUCCGGCAGCAAUCAAUACGCUUGCUCAGCCCAGCCCCGCCUGUCGGUGUGUGCGCGCGUUUGUGUGUGUGUGUGUGUGUGUGUGUGUGUGUGUGUGUGUGUCUGGGGGCGUGAAUGAGUGCCCCGCCGCCGCCCGGGGCUUCUCGUGAGGGGAGGGAGUCGCCGCCAGGUCGCCGCCGCGUUGCAUGGCGUCUUAUUACCACGAGGAAAGUCUUACCUUCCCCUCGGCCCCGGCCCGCCCCGCCCCGUGCUGCCCCGCCCCGCCCCGCCUCGCCCCGCCCCGAGGAGCGCCCUGCCAGAGAGGGGAAGCAGCUGUGGGGAGCGUGAGCGACGGCCUCCCUCAGCCUGGCUCCUCCCUCCCCGCCCCGCCCCGCCCCGGCCACGCGCGCCCCGGCCCUCCCGUCCCACCAGUCAACUCGGUGUGAGCGAGACUGUUUGACGCGUCGGCUGCGUUCUCCGCCGCCACGCCGCCCACGCCCACGCCCACUCCUGCGGGCGUUCCUCUGUAGGAAAAGUGUUGCGUGUGUUUGUGUGAGCGAGCCGUCGCACGUGUGAGGUUUUGUGAGAGUUGCAUGAGUUUUUCUGUGCGGGUGCUGAGGGGCUGUGCUGUGUGCUGCACUCCGCGGCUCUUUGUGUUUCGCCGCAGCAUUCCGCCGCGGCAAGCUGUGCUGCAGCCCGGCGGCGGCGGCGGCGGCUGCGGCAAGGUGGGACUUUGCCUGUGGCGCCCCGAAGGCACCCGGGCAGCCCGAUCCUCAGAGCAGCGGCGGGCGCUAAGGAUGCCCCGAGGGGCGUGUGGUGGCCGCUGGCCGCCCCGGUGUGAGGAUAGGUGUUGACAUGGGUGGCGCGGCGCCCCCCGCCCCCCGGUAGUGACCCGCCGUGCGUUAUGGUGACGUGAGAGGCGCCGCGGCAGAAGUGUAGUCCGAUCGUCGCGCCCCGACAUGCGGGGCUCGGAGUGAGCCGCCGCCGCCUCCGCCAUGCACGUGCCCCCGGGGCUGCAGCCCUGCCCGUCCUGCUAUGCCUACUGUGUGUCCCGCCCCCCGGGGCACCCAGGUCCCCACGGCCCCUCAGCAGGUGGCCCCCCCAUUGGUGCCCCGCCCGUGCCGCGCCACGCCCACCCGCCAGUGAUACAUCAACAACAGCAUCAACAUCAACAACAACAUCAACAGCAGCUACACCAGCAGCAGCAGCAGCAACAGCAGCAGCAGCAGCAGCUGGACAGCCCCGGCAGCAGCCCCCACCACAGCCCGCAUCGCACACAGCCGCGGCCAUGCACGCACCCGCCGCAGGCCCUCACGGACAACCGGUUCGGCUCCCUCCCCCACCCCCACCAGCUGCCCAAGGUGCCCCCCCACUACAACUACAACUCCCUGCCCCACCACCAGCCGGGGCCCCCGCCCCCGCCCCCCCACCAGGCCCCGGGGCCCCCGACGCACCCCCAUGCCCACUGUGAUGGCCCGGCCCCUCCCCCCCAUAGCGGCCUGCCCCCUGGACAGCCUCACAUGACCCAGGGGGGCCGCCCCCCACACCACUUCAUGCCACCCACAGAUCCCCCGCCGCCGCCCCCGCCCCCCCACGCCGCCCACCCCAGACAGCCACACCGCUGCCCCCACCCCGCCCAGUCCCCCCCUUGUUAA